UCAUCUCAGCCUCCCUCCUCCCAUUAUAAAAUGGAGACUUCGUCUUCUUCAAUCUUCGCUCUUCACAAACCUCUUUCGUCCCUCACUGUUAAACCCUAGAUCUUCUUCUUUCUCAAAAUCUUUCAAUGGCGUCCGCAGAUGUUGAGUUCCGGUGCUUCGUUGGAGGUCUAGCCUGGGCCACCGAUGACAGAGCUCUUGAGACAGCCUUCUCUCAAUACGGCGACGUUGUUGAUUCCAAGAUCAUUAACGAUCGUGAGACCGGAAGAUCAAGGGGAUUCGGAUUCGUUACCUUCAAGGAUGAGAAAUCCAUGAAGGAUGCGAUCGAGGGAAUGAACGGACAAGAGCUCGAUGGCCGUAGCAUCACUGUCAACGAGGCUCAGUCUCGAGGAAGCGGUGGCGGAGGCGGCCGUGGUGGUGGUGGCGGUGGAUACCGCAGCGGAGGCGGUGGUGGUUACAACAGCGGAGGUGGUGGCGGAGGAUACGGUGGAGGAAGACGCGAGGGAGGAUACAGCGGCGGUGGUGGCGGUGGAUCUUACUCGAGAGGAGGUGGUGGCGGAGGUUACGGUGGUGGAAGACGUGAAGGUGGAGGAGGUUACGGUGGUGGUGAAGGAGGAAGUUACGGAGGAAGCGGUGGAGGAGGAUGGUAAUUCCUUUAAUUAGAUCGGGGAUUAUUCUGAAAACUCUCUUUAUCACUCUCUCUCUCUCUCUUGUUAUGCUUCUCUUUCGUUGAGUUUUGGUUUCUAUCGUCUCCUUCGGUUCUCUGUUUCAGCUGCUUGGAUUUGAUGUAACAGUUUCGUGAUUUAGGUAUUUUGGUAUCUGGAAGCGCAAUGUUAAGUCACUCUUUGGUUCUCUAAAUAACAAAAUUUUCUCCGCUAGUUUAUAUC